UCUAGCUUCAAUUUACCUACGAAGUCAGAAUCUCUUUCGGGGUAAGGGUUCCACGGGAUUAUCAGCGCCAUUGCAUCGGAUCGGAAGCAUAGUGUUGGUUUCGGCUUCGAGAGCGGCACUGUCGUACAAGCGGCCCCACGCGGGACGAGCUGCGAUGAUGAGGGGAACUUGACGCUCAACUCUACACUCUUUGAGGAAUUCUCACGCCCUUUCUGAUUCUUUCCUUCUACGUCUCCAAUGCCGCACCAGCUGGACAUUGUUAUCGUCGGGGCGGGCCUCUCGGGCCUGGCGGCUUCGAUCCAGUGUGCAUUGGCCGGACAUGAUGUCACGGUUUUGGAAGGUGCGAAGGAAUUAGCUGAGAUAGGUGCCGGCCUCCAGUUAACUCCCAACGCAACUCGUCUUCUCCAGAAAUGGAGUGUGUACGAGACUAUUAACGGACCUUGUGAGCCGACGACGUGUACGGUAUAUAACUACAAAGGCAAGGUUUUGGCACGUGAGGAUGGCUUUGAUGAGAAUAAUCGCCGGAGAUAUCAUGCGCCGUUUUCGGACUGUCAUCGUGUAGAUUUGCAGAAGGCGUUGGCGAAACGGGCGGAGGAGCUGGGAGUUGGCAUUGUCCUUGGGACAAGAGUGACCAACCUUGACUUGGGCAGCGAAGAAGAGGGAAAUACGGGAGGAAGGAGAGCUAGAGUCAUGACCGAGGGUGGAGAAGUUUACCAGGCGGAUCUCGUUGUUGGAGCGGAUGGUUUGUGGUCAACAACCCGCUCUGUCUUCCUUGGUCGGAACGACGCACCACUCCCAACAGGCGACCUAGCUUUCAGAAUAGUGCUGAGGCUAGAGCAGAUACAAGAUCCGAAACUGAGGAAGAUGGUUCAAGAGCCUGGUGUGAGAUUCUGGGUUGGGCCUGAUGCACAUGUCGUUGCAUACUCGUUGCGUGGAGGUACAAUGUAUAAUGUCGUACUCUUGGUGCCGGACGAUCUCCCAGAUAGUGUUGCGAGGAUUGAAGGUAGCCUAGACGAGAUGAGGGGCCUGUUCCAGGGUUGGGAUCCUGUACUAACACAGCUUCUAUCCUGCGUAGACCGCGUCGACAAAUGGAAACUCAUGCAUCGCGAGGAAAUGACCUCCUGGAUCUCCCCACAAUCCAACCUCGUCCUGAUUGGCGACGCAUGCCAUCCCAUGCUCCCCUACCUCGCCCAAGGCGCGAACUCGUCCAUUGAGGAUGGGGCAGUUCUAGGCCUUCUGUUAGCCCCUCCCCACUUUAGCUCCCCAUCUCAACUACCAAGUGUGCUUGGACUCUUCCAACAGCUAAGGAAAGCCCGGGGCGAGGCCAUUGCGAGGGAGACGUUUAAGCAGAGGAGGGAUUUUCACCUGCGCGAUGGACCGGACCAGGAGAAAAGAGAUGAGAUUUUUGCGAGGCAGUUGGGGAAGGAGGUUGUGGGAGCAUUUCCGAGUCGCUGGACUUGUCCAGAGGUGCAGCCUUGGUUGUAUGGUUAUGAUGCUAUGAAGGAGGUGGAGACUGCACUUAAGGCGCGGAGUAGUGAGGGAGAUGCGGAGAUGGGGCGGCUGUAAUUUGUUGGCUAAAUUAUGUAGGUG